AUGUAUUCAAACAGCUCCUUUGGAUAUAAAGGUCAGCAGGUUCGUCUACAUUAUGAACAGCAGCAGCAGCAGGUCAGUCUACAUUAUGGAGAGCAGCAGGCCAGUCUACAUUAUGAACAGCAGCAGGCCAGUCUACAUUAUGGACAGCAGCAGGCCAGUCUACAUUAUGGACAGCAGCAGGCCAGUCUACAUUAUGGACAGCAGCAGGCCAGUCUACGUUAUGGACAGCAGCAGGCCAGUCUACAUUAUGGACAGCAGCAGGCCAGUCUACAUUAUGAACAGCAGCAGUCCAGUCUACACUAUGAACAGCAGCAGGCCAGUCUACAUUAUGGAGAGCAGCAGGCCAGUCUACAUUAUGGAGAGCAGCAGGCCAGUCUACAUUAUGGACAGCAGCAGUCCAGUCUACAUUAUGGACAGCAGCAGGCCAGCCUACAUUAUGGAGAGCAGCAGGCCAGUCUACAUUAUGAACAGCAGCAGUCCAGUCUACACUAUGAACAGCAGCAGGCCAGUCUACAUUAUGGACAGCAGCAGGCCAGUCUACAUUAUGGUCAGCAGGAGGCCAGUCUACAUUAUGGACAGCAGCAGGCCAGUCUACAUUAUGCAGAGCAGCAGGCCAGUCUACAUUAUGGACAGCAGCAGUCCAGUCUACAUUAUGGACAGCAGCAGGCCAGCCUACAUUAUGGAGAGCAGCAGGCCAGUCUACAUUAUGAACAGCAGCAGUCCAGUCUACAAUAUGAACAGCAGCAGGCCAGUCUACAUUAUGGACAGCAGCAGGCCAGUCUACAUUAUGGACAGCAGAAGGCCAGUCUACGUUAUGGACAGCAGCAGGCCAGUCUACAUUAUGGACAGCAGCAGGCCAGUCUACAUUAUGAACAGCAGCAGUCCAGUCUACACUAUGAACAGCAGCAGGCCAGUCUACAUUAUGGAGAGCAGCAGGCCAGUCUACAUUAUGGAGAGCAGCAGGCCAGUCUACAUUAUGGACAGCAGCAGUCCAGUCUACAUUAUGGACAGCAGCAGGCCAGCCUACAUUAUGGAGAGCAGCAGGCCAGUCUACAUUAUGAACAGCAGCAGUCCAGUCUACACUAUGAACAGCAGCAGGCCAGUCUACAUUAUGGACAGCAGCAGGCCAGUCUACAUUAUGGUCAGCAGGAGGCCAGUCUACAUUAUGGACAGCAGCAGGCCAGUCUACAUUAUGCAGAGCAGCAGGCCAGUCUACAUUAUGGACAGCAGCAGUCCAGUCUACAUUAUGGACAGCAGCAGGCCAGCCUACAUUAUGGAGAGCAGCAGGCCAGUCUACAUUAUGAACAGCAGCAGUCCAGUCUACACUAUGAACAGCAGCAGGCCAGUCUACAUUAUGGACAGCAGCAGGCCAGUCUACAUUAUGGUCAGCAGGAGGCCAGUCUACAUUAUGGACAGCAGCAGGCCAGUCUACGUUAUGGACAGCAGCAGGCCAGUCUACAUUAUGGAGAGCAGCAGGCCAGUCUACAUUAUGGACAGCAGCAGGCCAGUCUACAUUAUGGAGAGCAGCAGGCCAGUCUACAUUAUGGAGAGCAGCAGGCCAGUCUACAUUAUGGACAGCAGCAGUCCAGUCUACAUUAUGGACAGCAGCAGGCCAGCCUACAUUAUGGAGAGCAGCAGGCCAGUCUACAUUAUGAACAGCAGCAGUCCAGUCUACACUAUGAACAGCAGCAGGCCAGUCUACAUUAUGGACAGCAGCAGGUUAGUCUACAUUAUGGACAGCAGGAGGCCAGUCUACAUUAUGGACAGCAGCAGUCCAGUCUACAUUAUGGACAGCAGCAGGCCAGCCUACAUUAUGGAGAGCAGCAGGCCAGUCUACAUUAUGAACAGCAGCAGUCCAGUCUACACUAUGAACAGCAGCAGGCCAGUCUACAUUAUGGACAGCAGCAGGCCAGUCUACAUUAUGGUCAGCAGGAGGCCAGUCUACAUUAUGGACAGCAGCAGGCCAGUCUACGUUAUGGACAGCAGCAGGCCAGUCUACAUUAUGGAGAGCAGCAGGCCAGUCUACAUUAUGGACAGCAGCAGGCCAGUCUACAUUAUGGAGAGCAGCAGGCCAGUCUACAUUAUGGAGAGCAGCAGGCCAGUCUACAUUAUGGACAGCAGCAGUCCAGUCUACAUUAUGGACAGCAGCAGGCCAGCCUACAUUAUGGAGAGCAGCAGGCCAGUCUACAUUAUGAACAGCAGCAGUCCAGUCUACACUAUGAACAGCAGCAGGCCAGUCUACAUUAUGGACAGCAGCAGCAGCAGGCCAGUCUACAUUAUGGACAGCAGCAGGCCAGUCUACAUUAUGGACAGCAGCAGGCCAGUCUACAUUAUGGACAGCAGCAGGCCAGUCUACAUUAUGGACAGCAGCAGGCCAGUCUACAUUAUGGACAGCAGCAGGCCAGUCUACAUUAUGGACAGCAGCAGGCCAGUCUACAUUAUGGACAGCAGCAGGCCAGUCUACAUUAUGGACAGCAGGAGGCCAGUCUACAUUAUGGAGAGCAGCAGGCCAGUCUACAUUAUGGACAGCAGCAGGUUAGUCUACAUUAUGGACAGCAGGAGGCCAGUCUACAUUAUGGACAGCAGCAGGCCAGUCUACAUUAUGGACAGCAGGAGGCCAGUCUACAUUAUGGAGAGCAGCAGGCCAGUCUACAUUAUGGACAGCAGCAGGCCAGUCUACAUUAUGGACAGCAGGAGGCCAGUCUACACUAUGAACAGCAGCAGGCCAGUCUACAUUAUGGACAGCAGCAGGUUAGUCUACAUUAUGGACAGCAGGAGGCCAGUCUACAUUAUGGACAGCAGCAGGCCAGUCUACAUUAUGGACAGCAGCAGGCCAGUCUACAUUAUGGACAGCAGCAGGCCAGUCUACAUUAUGGACAGCAGCAGGCCAGUCUACUCUAUGAAUAG